AUGAUUAUCCCUCUUCUCAAUACGAGAUCCGGCGCAAAGACCGACUCCGAUCCCGUAGCUGCCGACUUCACCGCCGGAUCGACCACCGGGGGCGGACCCAGCCAACAAACGCUCAUCAUCGUCUCCACAAUCCUCGGCUCCGCGUUCCUCCUAAUUAUCGCCAUCGUCAUCUACUUCACAAUAACUCGCCGUCGUCGCAAGAGGCAAUUCGCAGAAGAAUACAAAAAUGCCUGUCUCCGCGACCCAGAUCUCACAUGGGAGGAGUACACCCGACGAUCAAAACUCACGCAGUCACGCAUCAUCCUGGCCGAGGAGGAGUUGAGAGACACGAUUAUCCGCAAGUCGCUACAGAACAGGUCAUCCGUCACAGUUACACCCGUCGCCGGCGCCGCCACUCCAGACCUUCCCACCGAGCCCGUCUCACCACCCGCCAGGACACGAUCUAGGACGUGGCAUGGCCGCAGCAGAUCCAAGACGAGCAUCGACGCGGAGGAAGGGGAGGGUUUGCUUAAGUCCCUUAGCGGCGACUGGACUGAGCACGAAGCGCGCGUCGAGAGGACGUGGCAGCUUCUUCACAAGAAGUACCCCACGAGGCGAGUGACGCUACCGGUAGAAGAAGAGUCCGGCGGUCCGAUACGGCCGCCUACGAUCCGGUUGAAGACGCCGCCGUUGCUUUCACAUCCCAUGUUCCGGGGUUGGAAUGCGGAGAAUACCGUGAAGCACUCGAGUUUGCCGACUUUGCCAACCGAGCUGGAGAAGAUGAGGCCCGCACAGAUUUGA